AUGUCCAGAAAGGUUGAAGUGUCGGAAUGGUUAAAACUAUGGUUGGAACCUCGUAUUAAACCUGAAUUUACGGAUAAUGAAAACGGCGAAAAACCCUGGCUUGAUAUUAUAGAGGACAUAUUAAAGGAUAUCUGUAUAAGGGUUUUGUCUGACCUUCCUCUGGACGCCUUUGCACACGUUAUGGAUCGGUUAGUUCGUAUUUAUGAUCAAGACCGUGUAUUUAUUUUGGAAAGAUUACUCACGAUUACACCACAUCCUGAUGAGGUUACUAGUGAUUCGAUUAUAAGACGUAUGAGAUCAUAUUUAGUAACUACACUCUCGGCAUCAGAUGCAGUAGAGGAACAUACAAGAAUUGAAAUUUCAGAAGGGUUUUUUAAG